UCUUGUGCAACAUUACAAGCCACAAAACCUCAAAUUCAUCAAACUCUUGCCAUUGUUACCUCCUUAAAAACUUCAAAUUCUUUUUGAUGGGGUGGUGCAACUUUUCCAUGUUUGAUCUCAUCUUCUCCAUUGUAGUUCUCUACGCCGUGCAUUCGCGCAACGACGCGCGAAUCUUGCACGACGGCCUAUCCCUUCUUUCCUUCAUGUCGGGGAUUACAAACGAUCCUCAGAACUCUCUGCUGAGCUGGAGAUCAUCAUAUCCUUCCUCUGCUCAUAAUCUGUCCCAAGUAUGCGAAUGGUCGGGCGUGGGAUGUGAUGCCAACAAGAAUCGAGUUGUAGAGCUGAACUUGAGCCAUAAGUCCCUCCAUGGAACCAUCUCCCCUGCCCUCUUCAACCUCUCAGAAUUACAGAUUCUCGACUUAUCUGGAAACUUCUUCCAAGGAUGGAUUCCAGUCGAGAUCGGUUCUCUUUCCAACCUCGUAGAGCUCAGCUUAUCGACCAAUCUUCUCGUGGGAAAAAUUCCUGCCGAGUUGGGAUUUCUUAAGGAACUUGUGUAUCUCAAUCUGGGAAGCAAUAAGCUGUCUGGUGAAAUUCCUACAUCACUUUUCUGCAAUGGCUCAUCUUCCCUGCAAUAUUUAGACUUGUCGAACAACUCACUAACCGGCGAAAUUCCUUUAGAUAAUGGAUGUGAUCAGCUCAAAGAGUUGAAGUAUCUUCUUCUUUGGUCGAACAGGCUUGUGGGAGAAGUCCCUUUAGCCCUUUCAAAUUCUUCAAAACUGGAGUGGCUCGACUUGGAACAGAAUCUGCUGACAGGGGAGCUGCCGUAUGAGGUUUUCGCUUCCAUGUCGCAUUUGAAGUUCCUGUACUUGUCCUACAACAACUUCUCAAGCCACAAUGGCAACACUGACCUCAACCCCUUUUUUGCAUCCUUAGUUAACUCCUCUAACUUGCAAGAAAUUGACUUGGCUGGUAAUAACCUCGGAGGAGAGUUGCCUUCUAUUAUUGGCGAUCUCUCUGCUCUUGUACAGAUUAACCUCGAUUCUAAUCUUAUACACGGUCCAAUCCCACCGCAGAUUUCCCGGCUUGUCAAUCUUACCCUCCUGAAUUUGUCUAACAAUUUUCUUGAUGGCUCUGUACCUUCUGAACUCUGCCAAAUGGGGAGGCUGGAGAGGUUAAUUUUAUCGAAUAAUUCACUCUCCGGCGACAUUCCAUCCACCUUAUGGAAUACGCCUCAUUUAGGCCUUCUAGACCUGUCAAAAAACAAACUCUCUGGCACCAUCCCUGAUAGCUUGUGCGAGAUACCGCAGCUGAGGAAGCUUCUGCUCUAUGAAAACCAGCUGUUGGGAUCCAUUCCACAGAGCAUAGGAAAAUGCAGAAACUUGGAGAUUCUUGACCUUUCUCAUAACAGGAUUUCUGGGGAGAUUCCAAAUGAAGUUUCUGGUUUGACAGGUCUAACAUUGUACCUGAAUCUGUCCAGCAAUCUCCUGUCUGGGAAUAUUCUGCUCGAGCUUAGCAAAAUGGAUAUGGUGCUGGCCAUUGAUCUGUCGUCGAACAAUCUGACAGGGCCAUUGCCUUCACAGCUUGGGAGUUGCACUGCUCUGGAGAAUCUCAACCUGUCGAACAAUGCUUUGGAAGGACAGUUUCCUGGAUCCAUAGGGACCUUGCCUUACCUAAAAGAACUCGAUGUCUCCUUCAAUAUGUUAAGUGGGGAGUUGCCGAUAUCUCUGCAGGCAUCAUCAUCUCUGAAGGCCAUGAACUUUUCCUACAACAACUUUUGUGGGAAUGUCAACAAUGAGGGUGCUUUUUCAUCACUGACAAUCAAUUCUUUUAUCGGAAAUGGCAGGCUCUGUGGCUCGGUUAAGGGCCUGCAGAACUGCCACAGAAAGAGGCCGCCUCGUCGCCAUUUCUUGAUGGCGAUUCUCCUGUCAUUACUCAUUACUCCCAUGUUCUGCAUAGCAGGAUAUCCUUUAGUGUUGAGAUCAAAGUACAGAAAGGAACAGCUGCCUGUUUCGAAAGGCAAGGACAUUGUAGACGAAGAAGAAGCAAGAUCCGAGGAGAUAAAGUAUCCAAGGAUUUCCCGGAGACAGCUGAUCCAAGCUACUGGAGGAUUCAGUGGUUCGAGCCUAGUGGGAUCCGGCAGAUUUGGCCAUGUCUACAAGGGAAUUCUUCAGGACAACACAAAGAUAGCUGUUAAAGUUAUCAAUUCCAAAGCAGCAGGAGAAAUCGCAGGGAGUUUCAAGAGGGAGUGCCAGGUUUUGAAGAGGACUAGGCACAGGAAUCUAAUCAGGAUAAUAACUACCUGCAGCAGGCCUGAUUUUAAGGCCUUGGUUCUUCCAUUGAUGCAGAAUGGAAGCCUUGAGAAUCAUCUGUAUCCAAGCCAUGGUUCAAAACACGGGUUGGAUCUCAUGCAGCUUGUGAGCAUUUGCAGCGAUGUAGCCGAAGGGAUGGCCUAUCUGCACCACCAUGCCCCUGUCAAGGUAGUGCAUUGUGAUCUCAAACCGAGCAACAUUCUUCUUGAUGAUGAUAUGACUGCCCUGGUCACUGACUUCGGCAUUGCAAGACUGGUUAAAGGUGCUGAUCCUGUCGAUGAGUCCGGAUCCUACGACUCUACAGAUGGUCUCCUAUGUGGCUCAGUUGGCUAUAUUGCCCCUGAAUAUGGAAUGGGAAAGCAUGCUUCAACACAAGGAGAUGUUUAUAGCUACGGGGUUCUUAUACUGGAGAUCGUGACAGGGAAACGCCCCACAGACAUACUUUUCCAAGAAGGUUCUAACAUGCACGAAUGGAUUAGGAGUCGGUACCCAAACCGGCUAGAGACAAUUAUGGAAGAAGCCAUGGAGAGAUGUGCACCGCGUGCAACAAUGGCCCCAUGUGACAAGAAGAUAUGGCGCGAUGUGAUCCUAGAACUUAUAGAAAUAGGCCUAAUCUGCACACAGCACAACCCUGCCAUUAGGCCAACUAUGCUUGACAUUGCUGGCGAAAUCAGCCUUUUGAAGCAGUAUCUUUGCAGCCCUUCAACUUUAGCUACCGAGCAAACACAAACGAACUGCGAUAUUCUUUUAUGAAUAGAAAAUCUACAUUUUCUGAUGCAUCUAUCAUCAAGUUUCUGCCAUUUUUCAGUGAGUCCUUAAGGUUGUCGAUAAGUAGAGUCACAGUCUAUGUUUUCUAAUCUGACAAUGGCAGAAGGUUGAUGCUACUAUGAAAUUCUUUAACUCUGAUGAUAUUUAUUCAUCCAGACAAUCAAGAACACUGAACUAAAUCAUUCUUUGAGUCUACCAUUAAGUUAAAACUUAAAAAUGUUU